UUCAGGGCAUCUGUUUGCCCUGGCCCUUGGGAUUUAGGGUUGGAGACUGUAUGUGUUUUCCAGGAAAGUGGUUUCUUAAGUGAUCCCUAAGGUCCCUUCUGCCUCCAAAUUUCUGUUAGUUCAAGUUAAGGAAAUUGGGGAAGGGGCAGGGAACUCAUCUCUUUCCCUUAGUCAAAUGGGUUUGAGAAAAACCCAUCCACAAUCCCCUUAGGCCUAGAACCGAUUAUUUUCCUCAAACCUUUUGCUAAGAAUCUACUUCUGAAGAGGGACAGGGGAAUGGAGGAAUGAGAAUGAGGUGGUUCUACAAGGGGCUUUGUAAGGAAUCACAGCUCUCUGUCGCUGAGCACAGGCCAAAGAUAACCCUGAUGGACCCUCCUCACUGGCCUCCUCUAUUGGGUCUACACAUGUGUUGGGGAGGUGGGCUGCAGAAGUCUUUUCUUUUUAUAGUGAUUACUGCAAUUGGUGGAGGAGGGGACUGGGAGUGGCAGAUGGACCCAGCUCAUCCUCCCCCUUUCACAGAGAAUGGUCUGUACCCAUUGAAAGGGGGAGGGUUGUAGGAAAGCAGAUGGCCACCCCCAGCUUCCAAUGUCUGCCCAGAUGGCUGCCCCCACCCCCAUAUCUAUGCUAUGCUCAGGAUAUGGGGAACCUCCACAUGUAACUGGGGGUUCCAGGCCUGGAGAGCCAGGUGUUUACCUUACUGUGCUUUCUCCCAGGGGUGCCCUGGUGAAAUUUUCUAUCCUGGCCAACUCAAAUGAGGAUGGCAAGAGAGUGAGCCCUUGGAGAGAGAGGCUGAGCAUCAUGAAGAGAAGACCCUGGGAGUUCCCUGGGGGCCGCCCCCCAGGGCCCGUCAGUGGCCUGAGGAGAUGGUUGGAUCAUUCCAAACAUUGUCUCAGUGUGGAAACUGAGGCAGACAGUGGUCAGGCAGGACCAUAUGAGAACUGGUUGUUGGAGCCAGCUCUAGCCACAGGAGAGGAGCUGCCAGAACUGACCUUGCUGACCACAUUGUUGGAGGGCCCUGGAGAUAAGACACAGCCACCUGAAGAGGAGACUUUGUCCCAAGCCCCUGAGAGUGAGGAGGAACAGAAGAAGAAGGCUCUGGAAAGGAGUAUGUAUGUCCUGAGUGAACUGGUUGAAACAGAGAAAAUGUACGUGGAUGACUUGGGGCAGAUUGUGGAGGGUUAUAUGGCCACCAUGGCUGCUCAGGGGGUCCCCGAGAGUCUUCGAGGCCGUGACAGGAUUGUGUUUGGAAAUAUCCAGCAAAUCUAUGAGUGGCACCGAGACUAUUUCUUGCAAGAGCUACAACGGUGUUUGAAAGAUCCUGAUUGGCUGGCUCAGCUAUUCAUAAAACACGAGCGCCGGCUGCAUAUGUAUGUGGUGUACUGUCAGAAUAAGCCCAAGUCAGAGCAUGUGGUGUCAGAGUUUGGGGACAGCUACUUUGAGGAGCUCCGGCAGCAGCUGGGGCACCGCCUGCAGCUGAACGACCUCCUCAUCAAACCUGUGCAGCGGAUCAUGAAAUACCAGCUGCUGCUCAAGGAUUUUCUCAAGUAUUACAAUAGAGCUGGGAUGGAUACUGCAGAGCUAGAGCAAGCUGUGGAGGUCAUGUGCUUUGUGCCCAAGCGCUGCAACGAUAUGAUGACGCUGGGGAGAUUGCGGGGAUUUGAGGGCAAACUGACUGCUCAGGGGAAGCUCUUGAGCCAGGACACUUUCUGGGUCACCGAGCCUGAGGCUGGAGGGCUGCUGUCUUCCCGAGGUCGAGAGAGGCGCGUCUUCCUCUUUGAGCAAAUCAUCAUCUUCAGUGAAGCCCUGGGAGGAGGAGUGAGGGGUGGAACACAGCCUGGAUAUGUAUACAAGAACAGCAUUAAGGUGAGCUGCCUGGGACUGGAGGGGAACCUCCAAGGUGACCCUUGCCGCUUUGCACUGACCUCCAGAGGGCCAGAGGGUGGGAUCCAGCGCUAUGUCCUGCAGGCUGCAGACCCUGCUAUCAGUCAGGCCUGGAUCAAGCAUGUGGCUCAGAUCUUGGAGAGCCAACGGGACUUCCUCAACGCAUUGCAGUCACCCAUUGAGUACCAGAGACGGGAGAGCCAGACCAACAGCCUGGGGCGGCCAGGAAGGCCUGGAGUGGGGAGCCCUGGAAGAAUUCGGCUUGGAGAUCAGGCCCAGGGCAGCACACACACACCCAUCAAUGGCUCUCUCCCCUCCCUGCUGCUGUCACCCAAAGGGGAGGUGGCCAGAGCCCCCUUGCCACUGGAUAAACAGGCCCUCGGUGACAUCCCCCAGGCUCCCCAUGACUCUCUUCCAGUCUCUCCAACUCCAAAAACCCCUCCCUGCCAAGCCAGACUUGCCAAGCUGGAUGAAGAUGAGCUGUAACUGGUGAAAACCAUGGGGGUGGUGCUGACUCAGCCGCCUAUUCCCCAAGGAGCUUCAGGGCAGUCCUUCUGGCACUGCUCCAGAAUUCCUCCUUCUUGGUGUGUCUGGAGGGUGGGCAAGGCUGGGAGGGAUAUCAACUUGGAGGAGAGCACCUAGACCCAAGGACUUUUUUCCGCCCAAGGAACACAGUUUCCUUCAGCUCCCACCCCCACGCAUGCAUCACGGUCCCCCCAAAAGGAGGAUAUGUGGGUGGGUGGGAGGGCUGGGGCAGGGGCCAGAUAGAAAUUAUUGGUUUUGUUUUUUAAUUUUGUUUUUCCUGUUUUCUGAGAAUAAAGGUUUUGUUAUAUCACC